AUGCUCCACCUUGAUACUCCUAGGAAGCAUAGUAGCCAAGCCCCCAUGUCCCCUGGAUUCAAUAAACAAAAAGCCAUCGCUGCGCAGAAACGAAAUUCUACGCCAAUAUUUUGCAACUGGAAGGAUGAUGAGUCAGACCACUCAAAACCUAAAAAGGCGCCAGAAAAGAAAAAAGGACAUCGGAAAGAAUCUACUUCGCAACAACAACAACAGGAACAAUCUACUUCACGACAACAGGAACCAUCUACUUCAGUACAACAUGAACACCCUCUUUCCAAAAAAGAACAACGGCACUACAAAAGAAAAUUAGCUGAAGAACAAGCGCAACAACAAAAGCCACCUGCUCUACGACAACAUGAAAAACAGCAACAACAAACACCACCUACACCUGAACACUGCAACAGAUAA